AUGGAAGAAUCCAUCAACUACAUCAGAAGCUACAACAAAGUACACCCCGAUGGCGAAACGUCCGCCACUCACCAUCAACCUCCUGCUCCGACACGCCGCAGAACCAUUCCUGUCGUCAUUACACUAACAAUCUUCACCAUCAUCAUUGGCACAAUUAUCGCUCUUUCAGUUCGCCAGCCUGACCGGCACAACAACCGCGGUUACAAGCCGCUGAGUACCGAGCAAUCAGUUUCAGUUAUUAACUCCGUGUGUGCAGUCACGCAGCAUCCGGAGUUAUGUUUAGCUCACGUCAGCACAGUUAACUCCAGUGACGUUGUUGAUCCUAUGAUGAUUUUCAACAUUACGUUGCACCUCGCGGUUAAUGAGGUUGUUAAUGUAUCGUUGAUGUCAAAAACUCUAAUUAUGAAAGUGAAUGAUUUAUAUACUGGUUUGAUGUUUAGAGAGUGUGUGAGUUUGUUUGAUGAUGCGGUGAGUCGACUCAGUCGGGCAGUGGAGAUUGUGAACGGGGAUGGGGAGAUGAUGGAGGGGAGAGUGGCGGAUUUGAUGGCGUGGAUUAGUGCGGCGAUGACGGAUCAGGAGAGGUGUGUGGAGGGUUUGGAGGAGGUGGGAUCGAUGGUUGGGGAUGAGGUGAAGGUGAGGGUGAAGAGGUCGAGUGUGUACUUGAGUAAUAGUUUAGCAAUACUUGCUAAUAUGAAAGGGUUACUUGACCGGUUUGGGGUUCAGUUAUAUCAGGAUUCAUGA